CAACAUUGAUUAGGUUAGUCAUACAUCCUAUUCACCUGAUUCAAGCUUCCAUAUACAUAGCGCAUUACCUCGUAUCAAAAGGAUGUAAUUCUCAUUCUAGCACUUGGUUUCAAGUGGUCGUAACUCCUAGGUCCCAAAUUACAAGCAUCCGGACAUCCCCUUUGAUCCGAGCCAAAUUUCGCUGUGUAGGAAAUUCGUGGGGCAAGUUUCUCACUCCAGGAACUUUUCACCGUUUUAACCACCAGAGUUCUUCUUAAAUUUUUAAUAAAGUCAGAAAGCUACAGCUUCGAAUGAACAAGCUGCUCUCCGCCUCAAUAAGAAAUACAAGACUUUUUACCCGUGUAUCCCCCUUAGUGUCUACUAGAUUCAAUCUCCAAACGUCAGUCAACAUGUCGAGCGUUCCUUUCAAGCAACCCGCACACAAAUUGACCAUGAUCCCAGGUCCAAUUGAGUUCAGUGAUGAGGUGUUGUAUGCCAUGGCUACUCCAUCCCAGGCUCAUACUUCGCCUGAAUUCAUCAAGACUUUCCAGUCUACUUUGAUUAACUUGAGAAAAGUGUUCAAGUCCACAGACCCGGCAGCCCAACCAUUUGUGUUGGCUGGUUCCGGGACUUUGGGAUGGGAUAUUGCUGCCACCAACUUUGUUAGCGCUGGUGACAAGGUGUUGGUAUUGUCCACGGGAUUCUUUUCCGACUCUUUUGCCGAAUGCUUGAAGAUAUACGACAUUGACGUGGAUGUAAUCACUGCAGAAGUGGGAGAUGUGGUACCAUUAGAACAGAUUGAAGCUCAGUUGAAGAAAGAAAAGUAUGCCGCCAUCACCAUCACUCAUGUUGAUACUUCGACAUCUGUGGUUAGUGAUGUGGGAGCUAUUUCCAGCUUGGUGCAAAAGGUGUCCCCAGAAACCUUGAUUGUGGUGGAUGGUGUUUGUUCUGUUGGUGUGGAAAAUUUGGAAUUCGACAAGUGGGGAGUCGACUACGCGUUGACGGCCUCCCAAAAAGCCCUUGGUGUUCCAUCUGGGUUAUCCGUCUCCUUUGCCAGUGGUAGAGCCAUGGAAAAGGCAUUAAACAGACCAAAGCAGACUUCUUUCUUUGCCUCAUUGAAGAGAUGGACUCCUAUCAUGAAGGCUUACGAAAGUGGUUCGGGUGCGUACUUUGCCACACCAGCUGUUCAAACCAUCACGGCUUUGAAGGUGUCUUUAGACCAAAUCUUGUCUGAGACUUUAGAUAAGAGAUUUGCCAGCCAUGCUCAAAGCUCUGACGAGUUCAAGGGCGAAUUAGAGAAAUUGGGAAUGAAGAUUUUGCCAGUUUCGAGAUCGGUGGCUGCUCAUGGAUUAAGUGCCAUUUACUUCCCUGAAGGUGUCAAUGGACCAGACUUUUUAUCAAAAUUGGCUUCGAAGGGCUUUACAGUUGCGGGAGGAAUCCACAAGGCUUUACCAGGAAAAUACUUCAGAGUGGGCCAUAUGGGUUAUUCUGUGCGUGCUGGCCAUCUUGAUUUGUUGUUGGCAGCCAUCAAAGAAUCCUUGUCUGAAUUAGGAUACUCAAAGUAAAUUCUGUAGUGCAGUACAUAUGGUUGCAGAUAAUGUAUGUUUUUCAUCGCGGAUUGGUUUUUUGCUGCUGUCAAA